AUGGGCGAGCUCCCGUUCUUCAGGGCGCACACAGCCUUGCACCCGGACCACCUGUGGAUCUGGGCGAGGUCCGUGUACGUGGACGAGAACCAGCGCACCUGGCUGCCCAUAACCAUCGAGACGGAGAGUAGCCUCCAGGUACUCAUGCGUCAGGAGGAUGUGUCCCUGGGGGAGGCUGUGUGCCCCAGCCUGCUAGCCCCAUGCCCGCUGCCUUCCAUGUGGCAGCUCUACCCUGGAAGAAGAUACCGAGGCUCAGACUCGAGUUUCUGGCGCAUAGUGUACCACAUCGAGUUCAGUGGCAAGGAGGACAUGCUCCUUGAGCAGCUGCCGGACCCGGAAGAUGAGUGACCAGGUCCCGCAGCUCCUGUCUCCUCCUGCCCCCGGAGUCCAAGUGCUGCUGGCCUUCGUUCACCUUCAUUUCCCGGCCCUGCGUGUUGUGUUCUGCCACUCCCCAGUCCGGG